ACAGAAGCCGUGCACUGAACGAGAACUGAUGAAGCAAGAUAAGUGACCAACAAAAGCUUCUGAAGGGCAACCUUAUGAGUGGUCCUUAUCAGCAGUAUUUAAAAAGGUGGAUGGAGGUGGGCACUGCCACAGACAAAGCACCUCAACUUAGAUCCAAACAACACUGAACAUUUUUUUAGUGAACAGGGACAAUGAGACACUUUGCCUUCCUCUAUAUUAUGUGCCUGCGUCUCUUCAUUGUUCAGAGCACAACUCAACAGACCGAUAUUACCACAACAGUCAGUCCUGUGACUGCAUCCUCACACAGUAUCUCCCAAAUGAUGACCGACUCAAACAUCAUUACCACUUCACCGACUCAUAUUACCAGCCCUUCUCCAAAUCCUCAGUCCCAGAGCUCCGGGAUCUCUUCACCACGUCCCGCCAUAACCUCUGCCGUAACCCAACCUCUGUUUACCACACCUGUGGUCACAACCAGCACCAUGGCAAAACCACCGCUGACUCCCACCCCAAGCCCUGGCUCCUCCGACCAACCUCACGGUAGUGCUUCAGCCCAGAAUGUCCACUUUGGAUUUCUGCUGAUCUCUCUGAUGUUUCUUGUCGUAGUGGAACUUUAAUGCAGUCACACAGAGUGC